UUUUUACUCCUCAACCACAUAUUUUAGCUUGUGCUGCACGAUAAUUCAACCCAGUAUAUAUAUGUAUAUCUUAUCUUCUUCAUCGCAAUUACCCAGCAAAUCCAACAAAAACCAGAUUUAUAUUUCUUUCCACUGCAAAACUUCCAUCGGAAAUAGAUAGAGGAAGUGGGGGGAGACUGGAACGGUGCAGUCGGCGCUACGCGCCAGGGCGGUUGAGCAGCAGCGCCGCCACGCACGGUGCGCCACGGCAGCCGGAGACAGGAAGAAGUACAGCAGCAGCGCCGAAUCUGGGACGGAGGGAGGCGGCCUGACCAACCGCUGCUCUUUGUCUCGGGGCGGCGAGGGUGGCCACGUUGUCGGCUGAAGGGGGAGAAGGUGAGGGCGGUGUCGGGUAGGAACAGGCGGCGGCUGGCGGAGAAUGACGUCGGAGAAGGAGGGCGACGCUGGGCAGGAAAUGGUGAGGGUUAGAGGGAGGUGAGAGAAGAGGGAAGAGAGAUUGGAAGAAGGGGAAGAGAGAGGGGGGCCAGAGCCGCGCGCCUCCGGCGACGGGCUGCCGUCCGGUGGCGGCGGCAGGAAGGGGGCCGAGGGAGAAAAGGGAAAGAGGGGAGCUGGGACUGGGAGCUUGAGUGUGUGUGGUGUGCGUGAGUUGUGUGUAUGGGUGUUGGGUGAGUAAGUUAAAUUAGGGGAGUUGGAAGAGUGGGCUUGGGCCAAGGGGGUUUUUAAUUUAAUGGGCUGAGGUUAUUUAAUUUGGGCUUAAUUUUUAUUAAAUAGAUUGGACUUUUGAUUUAAUUACUUUUAGUAGCAAUUAUAAUUUAUUUAAGCCCAUAAUUACUCCUUUAAUUAUCAUUUUCACUUCAGAUUUUCUAGAUAACCUUCUCAUGUUUAUUUAUAGUAAAUUAUUUUAUAAAGUUCAAAUUAGGCCCUUAUGUUUUAUUAUUUGAAUUUAUCUGACUAGGUGCAGCGCGACUAGGACGUGAACUUUAAUUACUCACAGUUAAUUUCAAGUUCAAAUUACAGGUGUGGGAUUUAUUUCAGUUCAUGCUGUGGUUAAUCUUUGUCCAUUUUAAUAUUAUGUGUUUUGCCAUAUGUGUUGUAAAUUCAGUUAUAUCGCUAGGGGCCCGCUCAAUGGGUCCAGGACUUCACCGUCCUUGGUAUGCCACAAUGCGAUUUCAUGUUACAGUUAGGGUUGCAACCUAUUCGCCAGGGGCCCGCUCAAUGGGUCCAGGACUUUAAAGUCCUUGGUAUGCCACCGUGCGAAUUUCAGUUAUCAGUAUACAGUGCAGUGCGUAUGUGUUGACCAUUUUAUUAACAUGGACAAUUAUUGCAUGUUCCCACACUGAGUGUAUUUCAUAUGCUCAUCCCAUAUCUAACAGUUUCAGGUGACUAAAGUUGGAGACGCGUAGAGAAUCGAAUGGGCGCGUCAAAAAAAAUGUGGGUCGCCACUGUAUUUAGUUUGGUGCUCGGAUUCAUCGUGGUUCGCCUCUACAUUUAUCUGGUGAUAAAGCCCACCAAAAUACGAAAAAUCUUGAAGCAGCAAGGAAUCCACGGCCCACCGCCGAAGAUCCUCCUCGGCAACGUCCUCGAGAUCAAGAAAUCCCGCGACGCCGCCCCCGCCAACUCCGCCCCGCCCACCCUCCACGACACCGCCUCCGUCUUUCCAUUUUUGGAGCAAUGGAGAAAGCAAUACGGUCAAGUGUUCACAUUUUCUCUAGGCAAUCUGCAAAUAGUACACGUGAGCGAUCCCAAUCUAGUGAAGGAGAUCACGACGACGACGUCGCCGGACUUGGGCAGGCCUUCUUACCAGCAGAAAACAAUGGGCCCUCUUCUCGGACAGGGCAUCCUGACGUCCAACGGCGCGAUUUGGGCGCGGCAGCGGAAGAUCAUAGCACCCGAGCUCUUCAUGGACAAGGGAAUGAUGAGCAUAAUCACCGAGUCGGCUCACACGGUGGUGAACACAUGGAAACAAGAAAUCGAGGCCAACGACGGCGGCGGGGCUCUCGACGUCGCCGUGGACGGUUACAUGAAGAGAUUUUCAGGAGAGAUUAUUUCUCGAGCUUGUUUUGGUAGUAACUACACAAAAGGGCAAGACAUUUUUACGAACCUUCUGGCUCUACAGGAGCUUGUGUCCAAGAAAACAUUGUUUGUCGGCCUACCAGGCUUAAGGCAUGUUCCGACGAGGAGCAACCGGAGGAUUUGGGGUCUAGAGAGGGAAAUUCGUGCGUCGAUUUUAAAGCUAGUGAAGGAGAGACAGAAGGCCGGAGUCGGCGAGGAUUUGCUGCAAACACUUGUUGAAGGGGCAAAGGAGACUUACUCGACAUCGGCUGCGAUGGAUCAGUUCAUCGUUGAUAACUGCAAGAACAUAUACUUGGCUGGGUUCGAGACAUCAGCUAUUGCGGCCUCGUGGUGUUUGAUGUUGUUGGCUACGAACCCAGAGUGGCAAACACGCAUCAGAGAUGAAGUGGACCAAGUCUGUGAGGGUCGAGUCCCCGAUAUAGACACACUUCGUAAGAUGAAGCAGCUACACAUGGUGAUCCAAGAGACGAUGAGGUUGUACGGUUCGGCCCCAACCCUGUCGAGGGAGGUGCAGAAAGACGCGGAGAUAGGUGGCCUGAGAGUGCCUAAGGGCGUCAACGUGUGGACCGUGGUAGCCACGCUAAACACGGACCCCAAUAUAUGGGGUUCGGACGCGCUCCAGUUCAAGCCGGAGAGGUUCCAAGAUGGGAUCUCAGGGGCGUGCAAGAGCCCUAACUGUUAUAUGCCGUUCGGGUUUGGGCAACGCGUGUGCGUGGGGCAGCAUCUGGCAAUGGUGGAGCUCAAGAUGCUCAUGGCUCUCAUCAUGUCCAACUUUUCCUUCACUCUGUCUCCAAAAUAUGUACACAAACCGGAGAUGACGACCAUAUUAGAGCCUAAGCAUGGAGUUAACAUUUUGAUUAACAAGAUCUAAGAUGUCUUUAUACAUCAAUGUAAUAUAAGUUGCUUUCUUCUACCUUAACUUUCAUUUUUUUUUUUUUUUUUUAUGUGAAGGAUGUAUUUAGUUGCUAAUGACUCUCAUAUCAUCAUAUGAAACCGGCUAUUAAAACCA